CCAGCGCCAUGGCCCACUCCCCGGUGCAGGCGGGCCUGCCGGGCAUGCAGAACCUGAAGGCAGACCCCGAGGAGCUGUUCACAAAGCUGGAGAAAAUCGGGAAGGGCUCGUUCGGGGAAGUAUUCAAGGGCAUCGACAAUCGGACGCAGAAGGUGGUGGCCAUCAAGAUCAUAGACCUGGAGGAGGCCGAGGACGAGAUUGAGGACAUCCAGCAGGAGAUCACGGUGCUGAGCCAGUGCGACAGUCCCUAUGUCACCAAGUACUACGGCUCUUACCUGAAGGACACAAAGCUAUGGAUAAUAAUGGAGUACCUGGGUGGAGGCUCGGCCCUCGACCUGGUGAUCCCUGGGCCCCUGGAUGAGACGCAGAUCGCCACGAUCCUACGGGAGAUCCUGAAGGGGCUGGACUACCUGCAUUCGGAGAAGAAGAUCCACCGAGACAUCAAGGCGGCCAACGUCCUGCUGUCAGAACAUGGUGAGGUAAAGCUGGCCGAUUUUGGCGUGGCCGGUCAGCUCACGGACACGCAGAUCAAGAGGAAUACCUUCGUGGGCACCCCUUUCUGGAUGGCCCCUGAGGUCAUCAAGCAGUCAGCCUAUGACUCCAAGGCUGACAUCUGGUCCCUGGGCAUCACGGCCAUUGAGCUCGCCAAAGGGGAGCCGCCUCACUCGGACCUGCACCCUAUGAAGGUCUUGUUCCUCAUCCCAAAGAACAACCCCCCGACGCUGGAGGGCGCCUACAGCAGGCUGCUCAAAGACUUUGUGGAGGCCUGUUUGAACAAGGAGCCCGGCUUUAGACCCACCGCAAAGGAGCUGCUGAAGCACAAGUUCAUCAUCCGCAACGCCAAGAAGACGUCCUACCUGACGGAGCUCAUCGACCGCUACAAACGCUGGAAGGCUGAGCAGGGCCAGGAGGACUCCAGCCCCGAGAACUCCGACACGGAGACAGACGUGGAUGGCCAGGCCUCGGGGGGCAGUGACUCCGGGGACUGGAUCUUCACCAUCCGAGAGAAGGACCCGAAGAACCUGGAGAAUGGGACACUGCAGCCCUCAGACCUGGAGAGGGGUCAGAUGAAGGACAUCCCGAAGCGGCCUUUCUCACAGUGCUUAUCCACCAUCAUUUCUCCUCUUUUCACUGAGCUGAAGGAGAAGAGCAAUGCCUGUGGCGGUAACUUGGGGUCCAUCGAGGAGCUGCGCGGGGCCAUCUACCUGGCUGAGGAGGCUUGUCCCGGUAUCUCAGACACCAUGGUGGCCACACUGGUCCAGCGGCUCCAGAGAUACUCGCUAAGUGGCAGUGGAUCUUCGUCCCACUGAAAUCCCGUCGGCAUUUGGGGCUUUGGUUCCCCCCCUUUCUUCCCUCCUCCUCUGUUCAAGUCAGCCGGAGCCUCUGCCGAUGCUGCGGAACAGGGAACCUCUGAGGAGAGGCCCCCUUGCCGUGGGCGGGUGGUGGUGGAUACUUGCUGCCUCUCUCCCUCCUACCCACUUACCCACCCCGCUGGCCUCGGCCGGAUGUGGUCUCCGAAGGGGUGGGUGGGUGGGUGGACCCUGGACCACGGCUUCAGUUUCUUAUUCUUCAUUUCCAAGUUCUAACCUUCAUGCACCUGUCACAGAGAAGUGUCUUUGCAAAUGCAAACCCCGAAAUGUCGAUUUGGAAAUCACAAGGCGACUGAAGAAAUGAAACCUCAGGUAUCCUGCUUUAAGUGGAGGCCCCGGCCUCUCGCCCGGCCCGGGGCCUCACCGGUGGAUUUGUGUACAGUUUGUAUAUAACCUCAUUUUUACCGAAACCCUGUGGGCACACAUAAAGGAAUCACUGUGUACAAAAAAAAAAAAAAAAAAAAGAAAAGAAAAGAAAAAAAAGUGGCCCUGUGCUUCUGUAGAUAAUGUCUGUGGAGUAAAUAUUUGACAGGCCCUCACUCGCGUCUCUCUCGCCUUGCCUUUUAUUCUGACCUGUAUACAUUGGGAUGGACGUGACCAGUGAUUGGGGUUUUAUUUGGUAUUUGCAGGGUUUGCCAUUAAUAAUAAUGAAUUUCCCUUCUCCCCCCGGGAAACACUCCUGUUGGUACCUCAGCCACUGCACACCACCCUCGCACAUCUCCCUCUUCCGACCCCCUCAGCGCCACUUUUUGGUACACUGAGAAGCCGAUUCCUCCUCCUCUUCCUCCUCCUCCUCCUCAACGGUACUAUUUUGUAUAUGUUUCCAGUGGGAAGCCCUGUCGCCUCCCGAAGCUUUAAAGUGAUUUGCUUCAGUUCCUUCCGGACGCUGCGCUGUGCGCUCAUCUUAGGACCCUUGUUUGGAAUCGUGCCACGGGGCCUCGCCACCCUUAUUCCGUUUGCACCUUGUAGCCACGUCCACAGAGCAUCUCCCCGCCCCCCCCCACUCCCCCCCCCAACCUGUCUGAAUAGUCCCACCAAUAAAUUUUAUAACAUGC